AUCUCCAACAUCCUUUGAGAACUCCAUAACACCACGCAUCCUCCUUGCCCACCACAACAUAACUUCUCUUACUUCCACAAACUCAGCAUUUCUUCCCAGUUAAUUAUGCAACUACUAUUCAAGUAGCUCUCCAAUUUUGCAAUUCAUUUUUCUCUCUCUCUCUCUCUAGCUCUUAUAUACACAAAUACAAGCAUUUGAUUAAUUCCUCUUCAACUUCUCCAAUGUCUUCCUUAGCCCAACACAAGCAUCUACCAAGCUUGCACCACCAAGUUUGCAAAAGGCAACUACUCCUCCACCCAGUUCGCGUUUAUUGCUCAAGUUCCAAUUCCACCACCACCACUGCCGCCGCCACCACCAACCCCAAGCCCAAUGGUAACCAAUUGGUCAUCGAGCCCAGGCCUGCGCCAUCCCGACCGACAGUGGUUACCGCCGCUACCCGCCCCAUGGACAAUAAUGACCCAAGUUUGCAAUCAACAUGGUCUCAUAGGGCAUGGGUAACAGCUGGGUGCACAACCUUGCUCAUUUCUUUGGGAGAGUCAAUAAAGGGUUCAAUUGGUUUGCACAUGUGGGCUGAGCCCAUUUUGGCAGGAUGCGCCGGUUACAUCUUAGCAGAUCUUGGGUCAGGGGUGUACCAUUGGGCCAUUGAUAAUUAUGGAGAUGGCACAACCCCAUUGUUUGGAGCCCAAAUUGAAGCUUUCCAAGGGCACCACAAGUUUCCAUGGACUAUUACAAGGCGCCAAUUUGCAAACAACUUGCACGCACUCGCACGUGUGGUGACAUUCACAGUGCUUCCUAUAGCCAUUCUUUGCCAUGACCCAGUUGUUCAAGGUUUUGUUGCGUUGUUUGCCGGUUGCAUCAUGUUUAGCCAACAAUUUCACGCGUGGGCACACGGCACCAAGAGCCGGCUUCCACCACUCGUGGUGGCGCUGCAAGAGGCCGGGGUGCUGGUGUCGCGGUCGCAGCACGCGGCGCACCACCGGCCACCUUAUGACAACAAUUACUGCAUAGUGAGUGGGGUGUGGAAUGAGUUCUUGGAUAAGAAUAGAGUUCUUGAGGCCUUGGAGAUGAUGUUGUAUUUUCAACUUGGGCUUAGACCCAGGUCGUGGAGUGAGCCUGCCUCUGAGUGGAUGGAGGAGGUUGAGAUCACUACUCAAAUUGAAGCCCAAUAAGUAACUACUCAUUCAUUAUCAUCUCUUUUUUUUUUCCCUUUGCUUUUUAAAAGGUUAAUUGAUCGCACAGUGGUGCAAUUAAUUUAUGGCUGCUAUCUAUGUUUUUAUCAAUGUGAUGUGAUUCCUGAAAAUAUAUAGAUUGAAGGUUGAAAUAAUAGAUCAUUAUGGACUCAAGCUAAGCUAAGCUACAUUUGCUGUGUGAAUUUUUUUUCAUCUAUUGUUGAAGCAACUAAGCAACUUCAACUGCUGUGAACUUAAAUAUAAAUUUGAAGCCAUAUAUGCAUUUGUUAGUGAUUUACUA